AUGGCAUUUUCUUCCACCUUUGGUUUUUCAGUGAAACGUUGUAAGCCUGAAUUGGUGGUGCCUGCGAAGCCUACACCACGUGAAAUAAAGAAACUCUCCGAUAUAGAUGAUCAAGAAGGUUUACGGUUUCAAGUUCCGAUAGUGUUUUUCUAUAAAAACAAUCCUUCAAUGAAAGGGAUAAAUCCAGUUGAAGUUAUUCGAGAAGGACUUGCGAAAACACUGGUUUAUUAUUAUCCCUUUGCUGGGAGGAUUAUGGAAGGAGACAACAGAAAACUUAUGGUUGAUUGCAAUGGCGAAGGCGUUUUGUUCGUAGAGGCUGAUGCAUAUAUCAGGCUUGAGCAGCUUGGGGAUAACAUAUUGCCGCCAUGUCCGUUUAUGGAAGAGUUUCUGCACGAUGUACCUUGUUCUGGAGGGAUCAUUGGCUGCCCUCUUUUGUUGAUUCAAGUAACCAGAUUCAUUUGUGGUGGAUUUGCUUUGGGAAUCCGAUUGAACCACACUAUGGCAGAUGCUUAUGGGAUGAUGCAAUUUCUAAAUGCUAUUUCUGAAUUAGAGAAAGGUGAAUAUGCACCUUCAAUUUCACCUGUAUGGCAAAGAGAACAAUAUUUGAAUGCAAGAUCUCCCCCAAGAAUUACAUGCAUUCACCAUGAAUAUGAACAAAUACCACAAUCCCCAGACUUUAUGGAUUCGGAUAAGCUAAUUCGGACUGCCAUUUUCUUUACUCCAAAGGAUAUACAAGCACUAUAUAAUCAUCUAUCCUCGUCCAGAAGUUUUCGAAGGUGCUCAAGAUUUGAUCUGAUAACAGCAUGCUUAUGGAAAUGUCGUACGAAUGCACUGAAUCCAUCUGAUCCAGAUGAGACUGUUCGUCUUUCAGUCUGUAUCAAUGUGCGUGGCAAGCAAGGCCUGAAUGUACCGACUGGAUACUACGGCAAUGCUUUUGUUUAUCCGGCAGCAGUAUCCACAGCCNACCUGCUGAAUGCAGGGAAGAAGAAGAACUUUUCAUUCAAUCUUACUUAA